GCGACUAUCGCAACAACCAUUCCCGAACACCGAAUAUACUCAUCACAUUGCAUAACUGCGGCCCGGUUCAAACCUCGCCAUGAACCGCCUCUUCGGAGCAAAGAGCACGGCGCCGAAGCCAACGCUUAACAGCGCCAUUUCCAACGUUGAUACACGGAUAGAAAGUCUCGAUGUCAAGCUCGCCAAACUCAACGCAGAGCUCGGGGCCUACCAGCAGAAGCUCGCAAAGAUGCGCGACGGCCCCGGCAAGACCGCCAUCAAGCAAAAAGCCCUCAAAGUGCUCCAACAGCGCAAGAUGUACGAAUCACAACGCGACCAGCUUCAGUCACAAUCCUGGAAUAUGGAACAGGCCGGCAUGAUGCAGGACAACCUCAAAAACACAAUGACCACCAUCGACGCCAUGAAGACGACGACUAAGGAGCUGCGCAAGCAAUAUGGCAAGGUCAAUAUCGACAAGAUCGAGAAGCUGCAGGACGAGAUGGCGGAUCUUAUGGAUAUGGGAAACGAUAUACAAGAUGCGAUAAGUCGAAGCUACGAUGUGCCUGAGGAUGUAGACGAGUCGGAAACUGGAUGCCGAGCUGGAGGCGCUUGGCGAUGAAGUCGAGUUCGAUGGCAUCGGCGAGUCGUCAGGCGUACCCAACUUCAUGCUCGACGACGCCGCGCCGCCGCAAUUCAUCGAUGAGCCGCCGGAGACUGGCAAGGUCAAGGAGGCUGCGGGUUGAUGAGACAGCCAAUCCGCGUUCAAUACAUCUACCGUGAUGUUGCGCCCGAGUCGUCAUAUAGGACCUGACGCAACAAUCAUCAGCAGAGACCUAGCCAUCCGCUUCACCGUAGCGCUCGCCAGCUCGCAACCAUCAUCCGCCCCGGACACAAUUCCAACAGGAAAGGCACCUCCGCAACGGAGCAAAAAGUGCCCCGCUCUUACAUCCAGCAGCUUCAAACAACCCGCGAGAGCGAGCAGUAUGGCAAGUUAAUCUUGCUCUCAAUCCACACCAAGUCUUCAAAUGUAUCCAAAACACUGUUCAUCUCAUCC